GCGCCCCCUUCCGCGCAUGAGCAGUUCUGCUCCCAACCCGCCAGUCGCGGUCUCCGGCGCCAGCUACGCCGCUGCCGCUGUCACUAUGGCCCAUUACAAAGCCGCCGACUCGAAGCGUGAGCAGUUCCGGAGGUACUUGGAGAAGUCGGGGGUGCUGGACACGCUGACCAAGGUGCUGGUAGCCUUAUAUGAAGAACCAGAGAAACCUAACAGUGCUUUGGAUUUUUUAAAGCAUCACUUAGGAGCUGCUACCCCAGAGAAUCCAGAAAUAGAGCUGCUUCGCCUAGAACUGGCCGAAAUGAAAGAGAAAUAUGAAACCAUUGUAGAAGAAAAUAAAAAACUGAAAGCAAAGCUUGCUCAGUAUGAACCACCUCAGGAGGAGAAGCGUGCUGAAUAGGAUUCUUCUCAGUUGAAAAGACAAUGAAAAAUGGUUUUGUAUGACUUGAAUAGUUUGUAUAGUAUAUAAUCUUUUCUGAACAGAUGCUAUAGAACUCUUUUAAUAUGUUUAAUUCACCUAUCACACUCUGUUAAAAACACAUAGAAUCAUCAAUAAAAACUCAAUAUAACUUUCUUUGGGUCUUAAAGCAGGAGAAUCCAAAGUAAAUCCUGAAAAAAACCUAAACACAGCCAUCUAACUCAUUACCUUAAAAGACAUUCUGUUUAUUAGUCUGAUUAGGAAUGAUGGCACUGGUUGUAUUUUAGCCAAGACAGUUUAGCAUGGAGCUAUUCCUUGGUAUAGUGCAGGAUAUGAACACAGGUACAGUCAUUCUUUGAAGGUGACACUGUUAUGUAUAUUCCCUAUAGGCAGCUGGAGAGAUCUGUGUGACACAAGAUGCUUUUGUACAGGUUCCCAGAGUCUUCUGCUCUUGUUUGUGUAACAUGGAACAAAUAACUUCUUUGCCACCACUUUGCCUUAGAUAACUGUGUGUGUGUGCCAGUUUGAACUCUGACACCACAUUUUCCUUCUAUGCAAUCAUGCCUUGUCUGAUAAUCUUGCAUUGCUUUGCUCUGAGCUUUAGUGGGUCCUAGUUGCACACUGGCUUUUCUGUGCUGUUUUUCAAUUUGCCUAAUAAUAGCAGUUACCCUGAUUGUAAUUUAUGUAACUUUAAACAGGAUCACACUGUACCCCCUGCCUGCCUUAUUUGCUUACUGAGCACAGGACAGAGGCAAUAUACAACUCUGGGUUCACACACAAGCUGAGAUGAGAAGAGGAAUGAGCCAUAUAUUGUGGAAAAUCAUAGUUUGUAGGUAUAAUUAUAUAGUGCUUUUCUCCCUCAAAGUAUUUUUCUAGCCUUGAAUUCAUUUUAUCUUCAUUAUAUAAUCCCUGUGAAGUAGGUGGGAUAAAUAUGAGGGGAAGAGGGGUGCUGAAUUUUUAGGCCAAAGACUGAUAUUAAUACAAAUCACUCACUAACUGUAGAGCCUUGGGCAUAUCAGUGAACUGCUCUAAGAUUUACUGUCUUCAUCUGUUUAAUGAGUAGAAUAUCCGUGAUGCCUACCUCACAGGGUUGUUGUGAGGGUCAAAUGAGAAUGUAUGUGAAAGAUUUGUAAAUGGUAAAGCACUAUAUUCUUGUUUGUUA